GUACUUCUCAACGACACCUCAGACGGCGGCAGUGCCCAGACUUUCAAAGGCAUGUUGGCCUACAUUGACAGCCACAGCCCAAGCAUCGUGGUCUUCGAGAACGUCGACACCAUAGACGAUUGUCGCGGUGACGAUGUUGCCAGCAAUCUGGAUAUCUUGUUGGCUGAGAUGGGCAACAGAGGCUUUGAAGCCCAGACCAUCAUGACAGAUGCUUCGACACUAGGGUGUCCGGCCAGGAGGCGCCGUGUCUACGUGGUUUUCCUUAAGGUGGCAGGGAAUCGCUUGGUGGAUUUCGGAUCCAGAUCGAUUACAUCUAUGUUUGCCACCCUGAGGGCUGUAAUGUGCAGCUGCAUCCGCAGCCCAUGCUGUGGCACUGAGAUUCCGCUACCUGCAGAUGAUCCAGCGGUGGCCGCUGACCUGGAACUUCGAGAAGUAAAACGUCAAAAGAGGGACCAGGCCGCCCAGAAGGCCGGUCCUACGCCUCAAACUUGGAUGGACUCUCACAUGGCUUUUGCGAGGCAGUUGAAGUUUCGCUGGGGCCAGCAAGUGCCCGCUAGCUUGAGAAGCAACCCUUGCUUUCAGACGCUUACAAAGCGGGAGCAGGAUGUGUUGCGCUUGGCGCAGGUUCAGUCCCCGAAGCUCCUUUUCAGGGACUUGUCCCAAUCCGUGCAGAGGGCAAAUAUCCAAAGCGAAGAUGCCGAGUCGGGCCUGCAUGUCUUCCCAACAGUCUUGCCAAAGAUGCUGCUUUGGCUGGAGGGCCAAGAGCGUGUGUGGCUUGGGCGGGAAGCGCUGAUGUGCCAAGGCUUUCCAGUUCUCCCGCUACUCUCAGAGCACGAAGCAGUGAAGCGGCCUCAGGCCUGGUCCCCUACAGAAGCACUGAUGCAGGAUUUGGCAGGAAAUGCCAUGGCCCUGCCAGUGCUAAUGGCCAUUUUGCAGAGCAUGUUUGCGGCCUUCUCCUGGGAAGGGACGAGAGAUGAUGCAGCUCCAAGUCCACGGCGAGCGGUCAACAGCAAGGACAAGAACGACAUCGACCAGGCACUCUCCGCCAUUCAGCAGGUCUCUGACCUUGCCGCGGCCAGUGAAGCG